AUGUUCAAGUCAUCGUCAACAUAUUUUGCCAAAAGACCAUGUCCUCGAUCAGGCAGUUGUAAGCUUCCGUUUUGCAUCUUCAACCACUCGUUGAAGAGGCCCAUCGCAACGUGUGGGACAUCAGAUGGGGCACAAGAGGAACUUGUAAAGAGACCAAAGACCUCCUCUGAGAAGCUACCAGCCAUUGGAUCUGCAAAUUCUGGGUCUUCAGAGCGUAAUGUUUCUCCGACAACCCAUUCUCAGGUCUUGAAUGCCGUUUUAGAAGGACAUGAUGAGACCAAGGAUCUCGUGAAUGCAGUUCCCAAAGGUCUACCCGGUGUAGGUGCGCCUGCCACCCUACAACAGAGAAUGAAAUAUGUCACUAUGCUUGUACAGAUAUACCAAAAGCUCAACCAUAAGACACCGAAGAGACAGGCAGUCAGCGAUGAGUUCAACAUUGCAAAGGAUAAAACACCAGCAACAUAUAACAAUUCCAUGAAGUCUUUGAUCAGAAGAGUACAAAGAGGUGAAUCAUCAAUGGAAGAAAGACCCCAAAGAGUUUUCAAACAGAUGUCAGAUGACGAGAUCUACAAAGCAGUGAAGUCCUUGGUUCAUUCGAAGGAGAAACUGGAAAGAGAAGGUUAUGUUACAGAGGUACCAAUACUCACAGAUGAGUCGACUGCUCAGUCACAAUGGAAAAAGUGUGAUAGAUGUGGGGAAGAGUUUGAAUUCUCAAGGAUCACGGACGUUAUCAAUUGCACAUUCCACGAGAGAAAGAAAAGAAUAGAAAAUAACGAUAGAUAUUGGGAAUGCUGUUCUGAGGUUGUGGGACAAUCACAAGGCUGUAAACAUAGUGAUCAUCAUGUGUUCAAGGCAAAAACCGCUGAUGAGAUGCAGCAGUUAAUACCGUUUAGAGAAUGUCAGCCAGCAUCAGUUGAUAGGCAAAGGAUUGUCGGAUUGGACUGUGAAAUGGGCUAUACUUCAAAGGGUAUGGAGAUGAUUAGAUUGACAAUCAUGGACUUCUACACGAGAAGUGUCAUAUUCGAUGAGAUCACCAAACCAUUUGGACAGAUAUUAGACUUAAAUACAAACUGGAGUGGUGUCAGUUCCAUCCCGGAGGAUGCAAUGGAUUUAAACGAAACAAUGGACUUGGUAAUGAAUACCAUUAUCGAUUCAAAUACAAUCAUCGUCGGACACGGAUUGGAGAACGACCUGAACACUAUGAGGCUGGUGCACCACAACAUUGUUGAUACUGCUAUCUUGUAUCCUAAGGGCAUGUCGAAGAAGUACGCCUUGAAGGAACUUGCAUUCAGAUUCCUGAACCGAAUAAUCCAAACUGGAGAACACAGUUCUGAGGAGGACUCCUUGGCAGCUAUAGAUAUCAUAAAGCAAAGGAUAUUAGAAGUGUAA